AUGAACUUUCAUGAUGAUGAAAAACAAAAAUUAAUUGAAGAAGUUCAUGCUUUGGUUACUGUACGUGAUGCUAAACAUACAAAUUUUGUUGAGUUUCGUAAUUUUAAAAUAGUUUAUCGUCGUUAUGCUGGUCUAUACUUUUGUAUUUGUGUAGAUGUUAAUGAUAAUAACUUAGCUUAUCUUGAAGCAAUACAUAAUUUUGUUGAGGUUCUCAAUGAAUUCUUUCAUAAUGUAUGCGAACUUGAUUUGGUCUUCAAUUUUUACAAAAGAACAUUACGAAUUGUUAUGACUGAAAAAAACAUGCGGCGAUUCCAAACAGCACUUUUAUUAAUUACAAAUCCAAUUCGUUCACGUAUUCCAUUUAUUCUUUCUUCUGUUAUACCUUAUGUUGAAAGAAAUCUUUAUGUUAUUGUUCAAAAUCCAAAUUUUCAAUUAUUAUCAUCAUCUGAAACAUUAUUUGAUCGUGAACAACAAAAAGCACGUAUACGUCCAAUGUUAUAUGCUAUUUAUAAGCAAUUAAAAUCAACAAAAAAUCCUUCAGUUGAUGUUCUUCUUCAUAAUGUUGAUUCAGUGAUAAAAUCUACAAAUCCUAUUCGAUUACCUCGUCUGUGUGAAGCAGUUUUUGCUGAUUGUUCACCAUCGCCAGGAUUAUAUAACUAUUGCCGAGAUCAUUUUCAUGAAUUAGAUCAGAAUUUUGAACUUCGAAUCAUUGAUGAAAAAGAAACGACAGAAAAUCAAUCAAUUGAUAAAUUUCCUACAUUUGAUAAUGAUCUAUUUAAUACAAAAUCUACCAGUCAAUAUAAUCGAGGAGUUUUGGGUGGUAAGUUAAAAUAUGUCGUAAAAAGAAAGCUUGUUGGUUUUUUGCUUUUAGGUACAUUUGAUCGAUUGCAUAAUGGCCAUAAAUUAUUGUUAGCUGAAAGUGCUUUACUGUGUGAUGAAAAAGUUGUUAUUGGUAUCACUGAUGGUAUCAUGAUACAAAACAAAAUAUUAGCUGAAGUGAUUGAACCAGUGAAUGAUCGUAUGUCAAACGUUCGUUCAUUUGUUGAUUUAAUUCGACCUAGCCUUUAUGUACACUGUGAACCAAUUGAAGAUCCAUGUGGUCCAUCAGCAACAAUGGCUGAUUUAAAUUGUAUUAUUGUUACUGAUGAAACACAGCAAGGUGCUGUACAAGUUAAUAAAGAAAGACAAGAAAAUGGUUUAUCUCAAUUAGCCGUUCAUGUCAUACCCAUGGUUCCAGCUGAUAAUGAUAAUCAAGAUGGAGAUAACAAAUUAAGUUCAACUUCACUUCGACGAGAAAUGCUUAGUAUCCUUCUUAAACCACCUUUGAAAUCAGCCGAAGCAAAUCGACCCUAUGUAAUUGGUCUUACUGGUGGUAUAGGAUCAGGAAAAUCAAGUAUUGGUCGACGACUUGAAAAACUUGGUGCUGCUAUCAUUAAUUGUGAUAAACUAGGCAAGUGUCAUGAAACAUAUAAGGUGGAUACUGAUGUUUAUAAAAAAAUAAUCACAACAUUUGGUGAAGACAUUGUCAAUCCUACUGAUCGAUCCAUUGAUAGAAAAAUACUUGGUAAUAAAGUCUUUCAAUCAUCUGACGAACUCAAAAAACUAACGGAUAUUGUGUGGCCUGCUAUUUUAAAUUUAACAAAAGAACGAAUUGAAUAUUUAUUUAAAAUAGGUAAACAUGUAAUUGUACUUGAUGCAGCUGUAUUACUUGAAGCACAAUGGACUGUAGCAGUAAAUGAAAUAUGGAUUGCAUCUAUUCCUCCAAAAGAAGCUAUUCGACGUGUUGUUGAACGAGAUCACUUAUCACCUGACGAAGCAAAACGUCGUUUAAGUACUCAAAUGUCAAAUCAACAGCGAUUUCCAUAUGCUAACGUUCUUUUUUGUACUUAUUGGGCAGAAAGUGUCACUCAAAAACAAGUUGAACAUGCUUGGCAUCUACUUUUAGAACGUAUUAAGUCCUAG